GAACGGCGUUUGAACGACUGACUACCAAGGAAAGUCAGUGGUCUACCGGUGAAUCGAUGGGUCGAACCACCUUCGUCUUGUUUUCCCAAAAGCUGGAGUCCCACCAAGGGGGGCACGGGCACGGUCCUUUCGAAAAGAGUAUGUCCUUACGUCCACGUCCAGGAACACCUAUCAGCGGAUUAGUACUCGCGCUCUAUCAGCUUUCGACGCAUCGGUACGCCUUAGCGAAUUCGACGAGACCCCUCCCCUCCUUGGGAACGGCCCAUGGCCGUAUUCAGGCGAUGCUGGUGGUGGUCAGUGGUUCGUGAUUCGUGAUGGCGCCGACCUGAGGUCUCGAGUAUAAAGUUAUUUACGUGUGCAGGCCCUCCCCCCAGAAGCAGAGAGAGAGAAGAGUCUCUUGUGUUUCUUUUCCUCACGCCAACACCUUCCUCCGUUCUACCACAAGUCGUUGCAUACCACCCCGUGCAGUGUUUCGACAUCGACACUGUUCAGUGUAUAUACAAGACCUCCUUCGCCGGUCAUCCACAACGUCGUCCACAUCAUCACCAUGGCUCUCAAGAAGUUCCGUCUCGGUCACACCGGAGCGACCAUGGGUUUCUUGCCCGACGUGCAUCGAAACCACAUGACUGCGUUCAUUGCCGAACUCGCAGGGACAUUCUUGUUCCUCUUCUUUUCCUUUGCCAUUGCUCAAGUGGCCCAUACUCCUCCUCCGACCGGAGGACAGGACACUCCCCCGGAUCUCCUGACCAUCUUCUUCAUUGCUCUUGGGUUCGGUUGCUCUGUGGCCAUCAAUGUGUGGUUGUUCUAUCGUGUUAGCGGAGGAAUGUUCAAUCCUGCAGUCACUCUCACCUUGGUCCUCGUCGGAGCGGUCCCCAAAAUGAGGGCUGCGGUUGUGUUUGUUGCUCAGAUGCUGGGAGGCAUCUCGGCCGCGGCAGCGGUGUCAGCCACGCUCCCUGGACCCAUGGCGGUCAACGUCCGACUGGGAGGCGGUUGUUCCAUCACCCGAGGAUUGUUCAUUGAGAUGUUUACCACCAUGCAACUCGUGUUUGCCGUCAUCAUGUUGGCGGCGGUGAAGAGCAAGGCCACGUUUCUUGCACCUCUCGGUAUCGGUAUUGCCCUUUUCAUCGGCCACAUGCUCAGCAUCUAUUACACCGGCGCGGGGAUCAACCCUGCUCGAGCUUUCGGUCCCGACGUCGUCACCCACAGUUUCCCGGGGUACCAUUGGAUUUAUUGGGUCGGACCGCUGUUGGGGUCCAUGGUCGCGGCGGCCUUCUUCUACCUGCUGGAAGCCUUUGACUGGACCACCGCCAACCCGGGUCAAGACUUUGACGACCUCGAGGUCCAGAUGAUGACCCCGGCCAAGAGGACCUCCAGGCCCAACGUGGCCCACGCCCUCCCUUCCGACCUCGACCGCACCGCCACCGGGGUUUCCAACACCUUGGCCAGCAUGUCCUCGGACAAGCAUGCCUUGGCGGCCGCGAACGGUGGCGGUGUCGCCGUCAGUCACGAUUCUCACCCGUCUCCGACGUCUACUUCUCCUCCCGCCACAAACGGCGUCAAGGAGGCAUGACGGGGCGGGCGCGGGCGCAUGCGUACACGGUGAUACCAAGGUCGUUCGACGAUAUCGACUGCAAGAGUCGGGACUUGAUACCAAAAAAAAGGAGUUACAGGCGGACCACGAAUCAGGAGUGCUCUAGGUUGUUGGAACUUGAUACGGAACUACUAAUCGUCGACCUUGUGUGACCACCUCUGUCCUUUUCACGUUUUCUUGUGGGCGGUGAGGGCAUAACUUUUGAUCAUUUGAUUCGAUGGUUUUGAGGGGGUGGGGUUCUACAAUAUAAUAUAGAGGAAUCAGGCUUUGGAAAGAAUAUACAUCUGUUGAGUUGAACCCAUAAUAGUAUCAUUUUCUUCUUCUUUCUCUCGUUCACAGCCGAAAAGGGAGAACCAAAAAA